AGGAUAAGGAACCAAAACCACAGAGAAGGAAAUGGCUCUUUCUACAUCCCUCUUCUGCCAGCAAAGUUGUUUGUGUGAGCAUUUCAAGGACGGUAUCAUGUGAUAUGGAAGGAUUUCAAAGCAGAAACCGCACUGUGGUUUUGUUCAGUGUCGUGGAGCAGGUGGACCGUAUCCUCAAAUUGAUAGAGACAAGGAGAGUAAAAUGUUUUCUUUAGGCAGAAGUCUCCUCUUUUGUCUACUCCUAGGUUGUGUAUCUGCAGAGAGCAUCAUAGCCACGGUGGGGGAAGAUGUAACUUUGAUAUGCAAUUAUGAUGCCAAGUACUACGGCAAGCUUCCUGCAUGCUGGGGUCGAGGAGCCAUCCCUAGCCGUGGCUGUGACAAUGAGGUGAUCAAGGCAGACGGGACCACGGUGACCAGCAGACUGUCGGAACGGUACCUGCUCAAGGGUGAUAUUGGUGAGGGCGAUGUGUCGCUCACCAUCAGGCAGGUGGAGGAGGGCGACUCCGGGAUGUAUGGAUGCCGUGUGGAAAUACCUGGCUGGUUCAAUGAUCACAAACACCAGUUGACUCUGACUGUGGUGGCAGUACGCCCUAAUGCCCCGAAGGUAGAGAUAAGAGAGGUGAAGCCGAGAACUGUCACUGUCCGCUGGAGCCCUGUGUUUGAUGGCGGCAAACCUAUUGAAUCCUACUUGAUUGAUCUAUACAUCAUAGAGUUAUCCUCUAGACAGACAACUGAAGUCUAUAAUCCUAAACUGACUCAGCUGACUUUGGCGGAAUUGCGACCGGCCAAGGCCUACGACCUCCGUAUGUUUGCUAUCAACAGUGUGGGCAGGAGCGACACCAGCAAUGUUCUGACAUUCACAACGAAAGAAGCAGCACCAGAGGGUCCUCCCCUGGAUAUGCAGCUGGAGCCCCUCUCUUCCUACACCAUCAAAGUCACGUGGAAGGAUUACAAGCUGCAGACAUGA